AUGAGCUGCCGCUACGUGUAUGAUGAAUCAGCCAGCCUAACGUCGCCUCUGACCAGAGCGGUAGGCUCCAUCGGCGGCAACCCGUCGACAUCGCGCAGCGGUAGUCCAACCAGCAGCAUGUAUGACUUCCAGAUGCCGGUUGCCUAUAGCAGCUUCCUGUCGAACAGCGAGUAUGACAUCCCUCUCAUUUAUAAUAUCGAUGGGCCACCGAGACACGCGCAGGCACACCCGCACCCUUCGUCACCGCUCGCCUCGCCACAAGUCCCUGUCGACAGGGCCAAACCACACACACGUCUGGGGACGAAUCGGCAGAGGUACCCGGGCAGGUUGCGAGGUGGAAGCAUCGAUCCGGAGAAGCUGGACUGUAUAGCGGGUUCCUCGAAAAAGGUGAACGACUCCCUCGUGAGAGAGUUGGCCCCGAACGCACACGGUGACCUCUUCGACUCACAGAGCUCCUUCACGAACAUAUACGACAACUACGGCAGCAGCAGCAGCAGCGCGAGCGGCAGCGGCAGUCUCCCCGGCCUCUCUGUGACUAACCCCUCCGGAGAGCGCGGAGGGCUGGGCAAGAGCGGCAUCGACACGGCAGUCAGUGGGACUCCCAUGAACUCAAGCCAGCAACUUCCAGGAUCCGGUGCUGUUCAGGACUCGCUGGACGCAAGUAAACGAGCGUCUUUUCCAAAGGCACCCGACUCGCUCUUGCACAUCGUUGGCACGACUCCAGCCACAAACAUUCGAAACGACCGACAGAGGCUGAAGGACAGCAGCAACCGUACUGUGAGCAACACUGCACCGACAGUUUCAUUGCGGCGAUGGUCUACACUCACCACCUGCACCGCUCCGUUUGCCUCGGGUGCUGUUGCGACGGGACGCAUGACAGUACCGUCUUCGACAGUGACGUUGUCGCUGCCUUCUGCCGAGUUUGCGAUCUUCUUUGACAGCCCGUUGGUCGAGGACAGAGGCGGUGCAGCGAGAUCGUCGGGACUCCAAAGCGCACCAUCAUCGCAGGCACUCGCCUCACAGAGCUCGUUCAACUCGCCUCGCACUGCCGAGGGCAAGGCUGAGAAGGCAGUUGGCUGGACAACGAGUAGCUUGGGGGUAGAGGACGGCCCAUACAGGUUGGACUCUCACCGCAACGCGUUUGGCGGUGUGUGGAGCAGCGGGGAGCGCAGCGAUAUGUCACCUUUCCCACAUUGGCAGUCAAGCACCAGAGGCGUGCACAUGCGCUCUGCAAACGGCAACUUGAAUUGCAGCGGCAGCGGUACAAGUGGGCUGUCACGUGUAGGACAGCCACACGCUGUCUCUGAGCCGUCUCCUAUGGCGUUCCAUGAAGGGCAUCACCUUUCCCUCCGUCGCACAGUGCAGCCCUCCAUGCAGCCGGCGUCUCCAGUGCACACCUUUGCUGGCGCGCACGAAGUGGGCAACACAGAUGGUAGUGGAUACAACGACAGAGACACGGAGGAGGCGGAUGGCUCGCCACUUGCUCACCAGCCCGUGUACGACCUCAGCUGUGUGGCCGGUUCCCUAGAGGAAACCGCAGAGGUGGUGCUCGGUCCGCCCCACUGUGAUACGGACGACCUCGACGGCGGCGGCGAUGGCUAUGACGACCAUGUGAACCGGCAUGGCGAAGCAAAGGAAGGGGCGCUGCUAACUUUGGCGGAGCCUCCGUCCUCUGUGCUGUCGGCGCGACGCACCAAGAACCAACCUCUGACGAAUUCGACAGCCCUACCGAAGGCGACGUCACCUGCCCGCACUCCGCGGCAUGCGCCACCAACGCUAAGCAAGAGGCUCCUCACGCUGGGGACCGUCCGCACGGACGCUUCAGCGAUGAUGGAAAGCGGAAAUGUAAAGCUAAGUCUCGACGGUGGCACUGGUGCGAAGCAGUCGGACGAGGAGGUGGCGAGCGAGUCAUCCGCGUCCAGUAGCAUGACGCCGUCGUAUCUGACCGAUCUCAGCACCCCUCUCUCGCCAGCCAGCACGCUAGCCACGCGAGUACCGCGUUCACCGCUGCAGAAUGCUCGCAAUGAAAGAGCUCUCGAGGCCGUCGUGACUGCAGAGACUCCUCACCUCUCCACGUCACGACAUAACACCAAUGCAGCGGCUCUGGAUGACAAGGCGCCUCAGACGGACACCACUCAAAGCCGUCGCGCCGGUCUACCCUCGACUGAGGCAAACCAUCCCCAUCAAGGUAGCGCGCAAGCCAUGACAACAUCAAGCCGCAACCCUAGCUCGUCCAAACCGAAAUCCAGGGAGACGUCCGAAGCUGUAACGGCACAAUGGCCCUCUCCCUCGCCAGUCUUGAGAAUGAGAAAUUCCGUGCAGCCAAGGCACGCGACCGUGCUCAGUGGCGAACUCCAAAAGCUGCGGAGGCAACUUUACAGCAGAGUCCGCAUCUGCACGGGUACACACGAAAUCGAUGAUAGCCCCAUGGCCUCGAAGGCGCCGUGGCCGCUUCCGACGCCACCGUCGAGCAUCGUUGUCAAACGACGUCUCUUCGAUCCGAAUCAACCGCGUCCACGUAGCCCCCGCACACGUGAGCUGCCGAACGGAAGGCGGCGAGCUAACUGGACGGCUCCCGAGACGCACUGCACGACCACCCUGGCGGACUUGGCAGCGUGCGACGAGGACGAAGACGACGUGCAGCAGUGGCGCCUUACAGAUGCCCUGUGGAGCGACGAAGUUAUUGGCAUGGAUGCGGCGGUUUCUCAGGAGUCAGAGAUACGAGACCGCCGCCCGUCGUCGAGCUCGACGCCGGCCGUGGAAAGUGGCGUAGUUGGAGCCAUGGUGCUAAAUCGAUCCCCGGCCUCGACGUCAAGGGUGCGGCACAUGUCGUCGUUGCAGCCAGCGACAUUCUCUACCUCACUCAAGGCACCAGCCGUCGCGACGACAAGUGUGACCAUACCAGGCGGUUUGCAACUUGCGCGCAUGGCGCCGCUGACCGCUACGGCAUCAAGAGAUGCUCACGCGAGUGCCAUACAGGACUCGCAUAGCACCUCUGUGAAAGUUGGUGGCCGCACCGGUGGUAUUGUUGUGGAUGAGGUGGAUAAGGUGCUCCGCCUUCGCAAGGAGUCGAAGUUCACACAAGUUCUUGGAGAGCUGCAGAGUGAGCAGUCCUCGCGGCCUUCCCACGACAGCGGAGCGCCUAUGCGCACAAGCAGCGCCACGUCGCCGUGGCUAGGUGCAUCGACGCAUGGCAGACAGUCCAGUUCCGAAAAUGCGGAUUGGCGAAGGCGUAACUGA